AUGGACGAGCAGGGCCUGCUCCACCGCCUCGAGGCGAUCGCGAACGUCGGGCAGAGCCCCGCCGACGUCUUCUGGGAGUACCUCCAGCACGUCGUCCGGGUCUGCGAGCUCUUGAUGAUCUACCAGCAGCAUCGCUGGGAUGCCGGCGAGCUCGCGGAGGAGAAUGUGGACGCGAGCGAGGGGCUCAUUCGCACCAUCACCAUCGUCAUCGACGCGAAGGGGCUGAAUUACUCGAUGUUGUGGAAACCCGCCCUGGAUUUAUUAAAGGUCAUAGUAACGCGGAUGUUCCAAUACUACCCCAACUGCCUCCAACGGAUCAUCGUGGUGAAUUGUCCCAAGAUGGUUUGGUUUGCGUACAACAUUGUGAAGGGCUUUUUUGAUGUGGAAUUUCGGAAAAAGAUCCACUUACACUACCCAAAGGAUAGCCUGGCGGCGCUGGAGAAGGUAAUUGACAGGAGGUAUAUUCCCCACUUUCUCGGUGGGGAUUGCCAUUGUGAAGACAACUGCAUCGGAAACUAUGAUCCGAAUAGUCAAAAUUUUGGAAGUGACAUUGGGGAAAACGCUGACGAGACUACGAUCACGGAGAAUAUCACGCUUCGCGCUGGCAGAAUCUAUGAAAAGUCCUUCUUUCUUAAAAAGGGGGAAUCUGUUAUAUGGGAAUUCAUCAUGAAGGAAGGGAAAUAUAUCCUUUUUAGCAGUUAUUUCAUACCCUCUUCAGUUAUGGAGUCGUUGGAUCAAAUCGAACAGCAUUCAAAGAAAAACGAGAUUUUUACACACUAUGGAGAAAAGUGUUUAGUUAAUAACUUGAUAAAAAAUGAUAGUCCCACAGAAGGCGUCGAUUCCUACGAGGCGGUCGAGGAUGGGAUGCUUCUUUUGGUGUGGGAUAACAAAAAAUCAUGGUUUUCAUCAAAAAAAAUACAAAUGAAGGUCUUCAAGCAUUCACAAAAUGAAAAUAGUGUUGAUGCUCUUGAUUUACAAUGUAAAUUGAGUUCAUCUCAGGUUAAUAUUUAG